AUGACAUCCUUAGAAUUGCAAUCGAGCUCGUCUCGUCAAGACAAGUCCGAGGAGGUGUCUGGUACCAAAGCCGACAUCGAUCUCAUUGAGAGCGCAGAACAUGGACAACAGGGGGCCAUCUACGCCGAGUCAAUGACUGCUCAUCUACCAAAGGCCCACCGAGACUAUCUCAUGGAGAGACACGGGACCUUGGAACUCGAUCCUAUUCCCACGCUCAACGUCGGAAUGCAAGACGCUGCUUAUUUGACCUCAUUGCAAAUUGCUAUUCUUGGAGUUGCGCCUUUGUUUUGGAAGCCGCUGUCCAAUCGAUAUGGACGGCGGCCUAUCUUCCUCCUUUCUCUCAUCUGCAGUCUUGUGUGUAAUGUCGGCUGUGCCAAAAGCACCACGUAUGCCUCUAUGGCUGCUUGUCGGGCCCUCGUGUCCUUUUUCAUCUCGCCUGCCUCCGCCAUUGGCAGUGCGAUCGUGAUGGAGACCACCUUUAAGAAAGACCGUGGCCGUUAUAUGGGCGUUUGGACACUGCUGAUCACUCUGGGUGUCCCGGUUGGGCCUUUCAUCUUCGGCUUUGUCACCUACCGCGCUGGUUAUCAAUGGAUCUUCUGGAUCCUCGCAAUGAUCAACGGUGGCCAAUUCAUCUUGUAUCUGUUCUUCGGCCCUGAAACACGUUAUCUGGGCAGCGGCAUCAACAGCAAAGACUCAGCAAGGAAGAUUGAGUACAUGUCACUGCGACGAAUCGACCCCACACCAUUCUCAUGGUUCGAGUUCGUCAGCCCACUGACAAUGGCUCGACACCCAUCGAUCCUCAUCCCAGCAUGUGCAUAUGCAAUGGUCUUCCUCUUCGGCAGCGUUCUCACAACCGUCGAGGUACCCCACCUCCUGCAAGAGAAAUUCGGUCUUAACUCCGAACAACUAGGCAUGCAGUUCCUAGGCGCGAUCAUCGGCUCCGUAAUCGGUGAGCAAAUGGGCGGCAUACUGUCAGACUUCUGGAUGAGUCGGCGCAGCCGACGCAUCGGCGGUAAGGCCGAACCAGAAUUCCGCCUAUGGCUCAGCUACUUCGGUUUUGCGCUCGCCAUCAUUGGUGUAAUUGUCUUCUUGGUCUGCACGCAGGAAUCACCCAGCGGACACUGGACCGUCUCGCCCAUCAUCGGCACCGCUAUUGCCGCUGUCGGGAAUCAGCUUGUCACCACGGUGAUGAUCACAUAUGCUGUCGAUUGCUUCCCGCGGGAAGCUGGUAAUAUUGGCGUGUUUAUCACCUUUGUCCGACAGAUCUGGGGUUUCAUUGGUCCUUUCUGGUUUACCCCCAUGUUCGAGAAUGCUGGCGUUGCUCCCAGCGCAGGCAUUGGGUCGGCGCUGAUUGUGAUCGUCAGUGUUAUUCCCACCGUCUUCUUGCACUGGCGGGGUAAGGGUUGGCGUAGUGAGGAGUAA